ACACCCCACAAUAAACGUGACAGUUAUCACACAAUAAUGGAUCCUAAACCAAUACAAUGAACACAAGCAGCAAGAAAAAAAGAAAGGAGAAAAAACAACAAUAGACGUCAUCACAAAUAAAGCACAUUGUCAAGACAUAUUGGAAAUUAACUGAUGAAUUUUGGCAAGAAUAUGGUUGUCAACUUGCUGACGUGUUCGAAAUGACUCCUCUACAAUAUUGAAAUAAUGGCCGAUUAUCAACUCAUCAGUAUGUACGCAACGUGAGAAGGGAUAAUUGGUUAUGGAUAACAUGGAACAAGCCACAUAUACGGGGGCAAAGGCAACUGCAAAUCUACAAACCAUUUGAGCUUAUAAUUUCUUCCUUACAUUUUUUUCUUUUAUUUUUCACGAACAUAACGGUUUUCUGUCAUGCAGCAAACUUAAAAUGUGUUCACAACAUCUAAUUUGAUUUGACCGUAAUCUUUGGAUGCAUGGGAAUGUGAAAUGGAAUUCAGACUGGAUUAUUUAUUUAUUGUAUGUCUGUUUGAUUACAUCUUUUCUAUUGAUGCGCUGCCACUUAACAUGCGCAUGUGGAAUAAUGGAAGGCCUUUAGAUAUGAAAGAGUUUGACUCUUCAAGUACUCUGUUUUUGUCAACUCCAUCAUCAACAUCAUUGUCACCAUCAAAAUCGUCAUCGCCAUCACCUUUGUUAUCGUCGUCGUCUUCGACAACUUUCAGCGGUAGUCUUGCGGAAAAGCAUACCGAAUUUUCGACUACGGCGAUUAUAACAUCAGACGCAAGUUCUCAUGACCUUGGUCGUCCUGGUAUAAUAGCACUCAUAGUGCUUUACGUUCUUCUUGCCAUUGCAGUGUCGUUAGGUGUUAUAGCCGCUUGCUGUUUUAGACGGAGGGUCUUCCAAGCUGAAGUACAAUCCAGGCUUUCAAGGGCUUCCUCCACUCAACGGUCAAGCAUCUCACGUUUAAACAGCGUCAUUUACGAUGAGCAGGCGUCCAACUCUGGAAGGAAGAAUGGCACGACGCCAAAUAGUCAAUCGUCAAGGAGGAGCCAGGGCCAAGGGGGAGACAGGGUUUACUCGGUUACUGAAGAUGGUUUUCUGGCAGUUCCAAAGAACUAGAACAGGGCGAUCCUGGGGAGUGUUCCAUUAAUAUCUUUGUCCGACAAGUUGUCAGAUCUAAGCCCCGUUUUACAUAGAGUUACGAUUGAUCCAAUCAAUCGUAACUCUA